AUGAUUCCUUCCUCUUCUGCUGUUUUCCCGUUUCAGAGGGUUUUUUGGGUUCGGAUUCUACCUCCCUGCGGUUUCUACACUAUUCCCAUGUCUAAAGUAUUUGAUUAUCGAGGCGCUGGUGAUUUUACCACUGGGGGUUUCCUAUUCCCAAAUCCCAAGGAUUCGAGUCUUGUUUUUCCCCUUGGUCAUCAUGUGGAUAUGUAUUUUCCUCCUCGAAAGAGAUCUCGUGUCAGUGCCCCAUUUGUUGUCUGCUGGGAGCAGAAGCGGAAGCAGAAGUCAUCUAUUGAAGUUCUUCCUGAUGAAUGUCUCUUUGAGGUGUUCAGACGUCUUCCAGGGGGCCAAGAGAGGAGUGCAUGUGCCUGUGUCUCCAAGCGCUGGCUCAUGCUUUUAAGUAGCAUCCGAAGGGAUGAACUAUGCACCGUUAAAAUCACUCAAUCUGUCGAGCCUGAGAAGAGUAGGAACCCUAAGAAGGAAGAUAAGCCUACUGAGUCGGGGCAGAAGGGUGGAUACACUGAUUCAAAUGAAAUUAUGGUUGAAGCUGAGGAAGAUCGAGAGACGGUGGCCAGUGGAUAUCUUUCGAGAUGCCUAGAAGGGAAAAAAGCUACAGAUGUGAGACUUGCUGCAAUUUCUGUUGGAAUGGGAAGCCGUGGAGGAUUAGGCAAGCUGUCCAUUCGAGGAACGACCUCCAUUCGAGGAGUGACAAACCUUGGCCUCAAGGCCAUUGCUCGUGGUUGCCCUUCUUUAAAAACUCUUUCUUUGUGGAACAUAUCAUCAAUUGAUGAUGAAGGCUUGUUUGAGAUUGCAAAUGGAUGUCAUCUGCUGGAGAAGCUCGACCUUCGUCAAUGCUCAACAAUUACCGACAAAAGUUUGCUUGCUAUUGCAAAAAAUUGUCCUAAUCUGAGCUCGGUUACUGUGGAAUCUUGUUUGAACAUUGGGAAUGAAAGCCUGCAAGCUCUGGGUCGUUUUUGCCCCAACUUGAAGUCCAUUGCAGUUAAAAACUGCCCACUUGUUGGGGAUCAAGGAAUUGCAAAUAUGCUUUCGUCUGCUGGUCGUGUCUUGACAAAGGUUAAGCUUCAGGCACUCAAUAUCACUGACGUGUCUCUUGCUCUGAUUGGAUACUAUGGACAUGAAGUGACUGAACUAAGACUCUCCGGCCUCCAAAAUGUGAACGAGAGGGGAUUCUGGGCCAUGGGUAGUGGACAAGGUUUGCAGAAGCUGAAAUCAUUUGCAGUUGCUGCUUGCAGAGGAGUGUCCGAUGUAGGGCUUGAAUCCAUUGGCAAAGGUUGCCCAAACCUAAAGCAGACUUCCCUCCAAAAGUGCCCACUCAUAUCAGACAAAGGAUUAGCCUCCUUUGCGAAAACUGCGUGGUUGCUUGAAAGUCUACAAUUAGAGGAAUGCCACAGGAUUACCCAGUUUGGAUUUUUUGGUGUUCUUGGAAAUAGUAGGAAACUGAAGGCUCUUGUUAUGACAAACUGCUUGGGAAUUAGGGACACAGGUUUUGAAUUUCCAUCUAUGUCUCUUUGUGAUUCGUUGCGAUAUUUGACCAUCCGUAACUGCCCCGGUUUUGGUAAUGCUAGCUUGGCCAUAGUGGGAAGACUGUGCCCCAAACUGUUACAUUUGAAUCUUGUGGGGCUUUGGGGAAUAACUGAUGAGGGGCUUUUACCCCUUGUUCGGAACUCUGAAGAUGGUUUUAAGAAGGUAAAUCUGAGUGGAUGUGUCAGUUUGACAGACAAUGUGGUUCAGACCAUUGUUAAGAUGCAUGGGAGCACUCUCGAGCUUCUGAAUCUUGAUGGCUGCAGAAGCAUCACUGAUGCUAGCUUGGUGGAAAUUGCAAACAGUUGCUUGUUGCUGAGUGAACUUGAUGUCUCCAUGUGUGCAAUAACUGAUUCCGGGAUAGCAGCCUUGGCUGGUGCAGUGCACCUCAGUUUGCAGAUACUUUCCCUCUCGGGUUGCUCAUUGGUCUCCGACGAAAGCUUAGCUUCCUUGAGGAUUUUGGGUCAGACCUUAGUCAGUUUGAACAUCCAGCACUGUCAUGGUAUCAGCCUUGGCACUGUUGAUUCACUUGUGGAGUGGCUUUGGAGUUGCGAUAUACUUUUUUAA